AUGGACGUAAAACGCCACCUUCCACCCAUUCGACUAAAGUUGGUGAACGUCAGACGUCCAGCAACAAGCCAACAUCCCCUGCCCGCAACACCAGAAUCCUCCACGACUGAAUCAGAAGAUCGCUCAAGACCCGUUCGGGCGACACGCAAACCCGUCUGCUAUACCUACGACGACGCCGAAUCUGAUUCUGCAUGCUCUACACCUCGUCUUGCCUCUUUUAUCCGAGACCCACCCACUGAUUCGGCAGCCUGCGACGCGACAAUCCCUGAUGACUACGCGCGAUACCUCUCCCCGGACUCGGAUCUAGAAGAGGAUGCUCGUAUAGAAAGAAGCAUGGGUGUCAUACGCAAAAACGCAGCCUCUAGAGGAGGAGACGGCGGCACAAAAUACCAUUGCGACGUCUGCUCCAUCGACAUCACGUCCACCGUGCGCAUAUCUUGCGCCAAUGCGGCUUGUCGCGAGUACGAUCUUUGCGUCCCCUGUUUUGCGCGCGGCGAACAAUCCAAAGGCCAUGAUCCACGCACCCAUGAGUACCAUGUGGUUGAACAGAACUCAAUCCCCAUCUACGCCGAAGACUGGGGUGCUGACGAGGAAUUGCUUCUGCUCGAAGGCUCGGAGAGAUAUGGUCUCGGAUCGUGGGCAGACGUAGCGGAGCAUAUUGGAGGAUAUCGUGAGAAGGACGAAGUCCGCGACCACUACAUCGACACCUACAUCAACAGUUCCUUGUUCCCCUUACCGGAGUUGGCCGAUCCUGGCAACACCGCACUCUUCGAACGGGUACCCAAAAACGAAUUCCAGGCUCGCAAGAAGAGACGCAUAGAAGAGCGUAAGGAAGCAGCUAAGCACGCGCCUCCAGCGACACCCAAGCAGAAACCCACCGCCUCGGUUCCCGCUUGCCAUGAGGUACAAGGCUUCAUGCCUGGCCGGCUAGAGUUCGAGACCGAGUUUGCCAACGAUGCCGAAGAAGCCGUACAACACAUGUCCUUCGAACCCGGCGAUGGACUGGACCCUGUCACCGGUCAAAUGGAUGAAGAGACGACACUGAAGAUGACCGUUUUCGAUAUCUACAAUUCUCGGCUGAGAGCUCGGACAGAUCGGAAACGAAUAAUAUUCGAACAUAAUCUCCUUGAAUACAAGAAGAAUCAACUUCUCGACAAGAAGAGAACGAAAGAAGAAAAGGAUUUAUUACACAAAGCCAAGCCAUUUGCGAGAAUGUUGAACCACGAAGAUUUUGAGGCUCUGAACCGAGAUCUCCUCUUGGAACACAACUUGAGAAUUGCUAUCGCCCAGUUGCAAGAAUGGAAACAAAUGGGCAUUAGCGAUCUGAAAGGCGGCGAAAAGUACGAAGCGGAUAAACAAACUCGCGCACAGCGUAACCAACCCCAGGGACAGUUCGAUCGAAUGCCUCAGAUCCCGAAAAAGGGCAGUCAAAUCCAGCAGCCAGACGUACCUACCGAAGCAUCGAGACUGACGACCCCCGAGUUACCACUUCGAUUCCAGCGCAAACCAAAAACAGUACCUCAAUUCGCCGAUAGUCAGCCUGCUGUGGAGAAUGACUUUGAUAAGUUGUUUGCAGAGGCCAACGGUGCGGACACGACACCUGGUGUCAAGCCCAAAGUACGCUAUGUUGUUCAGCCAUUGAAUGGUGUUACACCUUGGAGGCUGGAGGACGACAAAACCCUGGCCCCGGAUCUGCAACUUCUCAGUGAAGAGGAAAUUCAACUAUGCAAUGCCCUGCACAUCCGACCGAAGCCAUACUUGGCAUUGAAAGAAGGAUUGCUCAAAGAAGCCAUGAAACAAGGCGGCCACAUGAAGAAGAAAGAGGCUCGCGGAGUCUGCAGAAUUGAUGUCAACAAGGCUAAUCGUAUCUUUGACUUCAUGAUACACAGCGGAUGGAUCGCCAAAGCGUGAGAAAGCAAUGGAAUCGAAAGGAAAUUCAUCUACCCAAUGAGAGAGCGAUAACUACACUCAACACCAUUUCCACUGAUAUCAGCAUAGACUGGGACACUGUUAUAUUGUGCUGCAUAUCGUGGCUCUUGCGACCGUGGGAAAACCACAUCAGCAGUGUUUGAGAAAGACAGUGUGCUUCCUGAUGGUGUCAAUACUGUAUGGGCUGCUCCAUGUCUGGACGCCCAGACGCAUACAGAGCACGUGACAGAAUACAGGGUUGUGCGCGACACGUGACCUUACUGAAAUACACAACCAAGUACGUCAUCGUGAGGGCGUAGAUGCUUGUCGAAUCCUGUUCAGCAGUCGGGCUCUUCUAUCUGACAGCCCAGCAACGCUUCAGCUUGUGGGCGUGUGCAUUGGAGAACAUGAAGCUGCGUGUCCCGAGCUUCUUCAGAAAGGCUACCGCAAUAUGGAUUUAUGGAUGUAUGAUGUAGAUGGUGUAAAUAAAAGGAUCACGUCGCGGCUCGUUGCCGUGGCUGGUGGCGCGAACCGCCC